AUGGCUAAAGUUUUCUCGGCAAUUCCAUCGGACAGACGACAAGGAAUCACAGAUGUUCUGCUGGGCUACCUGAGAAAAUCUGGCAGUGUCAUCGACAAGCCAGUUUGCAGGCAGAACAAUGAGAGCGAUGGCCAAUGGGUUGAGGCAAAUCUGGGUCCAUUUGUCCAAUACACAGCAUACACUGACCUCAACGACUUCAACAUUUCUACAGCUGGAUUGUUGACAGCGCUCAGUCCUACUCAGCUGGCACAACUGAUACUGAACUCGGGAGCCCUGAAUACCACAGAUUUCAUUGAUCGUGUGUUUGAGCGACUGGAAAAGGGCAACGCUCUGAAAAAUGUGGAUGAAUUCCUGACACAGCUGACAGCCAAUGGACAGAGCCCAGAAUUCCAGCCUGUUGUGAGAGAUCGUGUAAUGAAUAAGACCUUCACUAUCAUCAGUCCCCAUUUCACGGAAUUCACCAAAAACGACUUUGACAUUUGGUUCCAUGUGAAAAUGGUUCCUGUCCUUGCAAGCUUCACUCCAGCAAUGCUCCAAAAUGCAACCACAAACAUCAACUGCACCAACUACCGUGUCAUUGUGAGUGGGAUGGCUAAAGUUUUCUCGGCAAUUCCAUCGGACAGACGACAAGGAAUCACAGAUGUUCUGCUGGGCUACCUGAGAAAAUCUGGCAGUGUCAUCGACAAGCCAGUUUGCAGGCAGAACAAUGAGAGCGAUGGCCAAUGGGUUGAGGCAAAUCUGGGUCCAUUUGUCCAAUACACAGCAUACACUGACCUCAACGACUUCAACAUUUCUACAGCUGGAUUGUUGUCAGCGCUCAGUCCUAAUCAGGUGGCACAGCUGAUAUUGUCCUCUGGAGCCUUGAAUGACACAGAUUUCAUUGAUCGUGUGUUUGAGCGACUGGACAAAGGCAACGCUCUGAAAAAUGUGGAUGAAUUCCUGACACAGCUGACAGCCAAUGGACAGAGCCCAGAAUUCCAGCCUGUUGUGAGAGAUCGUGUAAUGAAUAAGACCUUCACUAUCAUCAGUCCUCAUUUCACGGAAUUCACCAAAAACGACUUUGACAUUUGGUUCCAUGUGAAACUGGUUCCUGUCCUUGCAAGCUUCACUCCAGCAAUGCUCCAAAAUGCAACCACAAACAUCAACUGCACCAACUACCGUGUCAUUGUGAGUGGGAUGGCUAAAGUUUUCUCGGCAAUUCCAUCGGACAGACGACAAGAAAUCACAGAUGUUCUGCUGGGCUACCUGAGAAAAUCUGGCAGUGUCAUCGACAAGCCAGGUAGGGCUGACAUGGGACGUGGCAUCUCUUUUCUUCUGAGAAAUAUCUUGAAAAAGACUGAGCAGUAA